AUGAGUGACGGCGAUAUUAUCGAAUACCAAUCCGACAGCGACGAACAAGAUGAGUUUCAGGACGCCGAAGACUUGCCCGUUACAGAAAACAUGUCCUUAUUUCAAGCCUUGGAGGAAGCUAGUCGAGCUAUUGAUUUUUUCUUUAAUAAUCAGUUUGUGGAAGCUCGAAGCCUUAUGACACCUUACGCUAACAUUAGUAUGUAUCAUUCCUUGGGACAUUCGAUGUUUUUGUACAUGGAAGCUAUGUUUACCUUCGAGCAACAAGCUAUCAGAGCAGCUUCCAAGUCCUUAAAACAAACCAUGACAGUGUGCAAUCGGUAUAGAAAGAAAAACACAAUAAGUGAGUCCUUAGGAAAAAUGGUAAGAAAACCAAACUAUGAUUUAUAUACACAAGUAGAAGCACACGCUGAGCUAUGUCACGCUGAAAGUAUGCUACUUAAAUCAAUGCUUACUUUUAUCGAAGAUGAAACACUUGCCAGCUUUAUUAAAGCAGGAAUUAAAAUACGAUCUUGCUUUAAUUCUUACAAAGACUGCAACCAAAUACUACUUAAGAAAAACUGGGAAAAAGACCCCACUAAAGACCAUUUUGAAGGAGGUGUGAGAGUAGGAGUAGGUGUUUUUAAUUUAAUGAUCUCCAUGUUACCAGGCAGAGUUAUAAAAUUGCUGGAAUUUAUAGGCUUUUCUGGUAACAAGCAAAGAGGACUACAAGAACUCGCAAUGGGCUGUGAAACUGACGGUAUUAGGCAAGUGUUGAGCAUUAUGGCCAUUCUAGGCUACAACCUCAUCGCUGUCCACGUGUUAAGUCAUCGUGAAGCUGAUAUGAAACAGUGCAAAGAAAUCAUUGACAAAAGACUGGAGAAAUAUCCCAACAGUGUGUGGUUCCUGUUUUUCAAAGCAAGAUUGGAAUUUUUGAAUGGAAAUCUCACUGAAAGCAAAGACUGGUACAUAAAAUCCUGGAAGUCGCAGAAUAUGUGGCCGCAGUUCCAUCACAUAUGUUUCUGGGAGCUUCUAUGGGUUCACUGCCUCAACCUGGAGUGGAAACAAGCUCUUCACUACAGCUCCGAACUGGUAAGACACAGUAAGUGGUCCCGUACUAUGUAUAGUUAUCAAAAAGCUGCGAUUUUACUAAUGAUGAAGGAAGACUUGUCUUCUUCCGAACUAGACGAAAUAGAUAAAUUAAUGAAAGAUGUUCCUAAAUAUAAACAAAGAAUAGCCGGUAAGUCUCUGCCUAUGGAAAAGUUCGCUCUCAAGAAGGCCGAAAGGUAUUUUUCGCAGAAUUGCCACCUAGUGCUUCCUGUAGUAGAACUAAUGUUUUUGUGGAAUUUGUUAAAAAUAUGUAAAAAUAACUUUAAUUUAGGUAGUAAUAUUUUAAAAUUGAUCGAAAAAGAAUUGUCUACUCUCGAAAAUAACAUUGUGCGGACCAAAUAUGAUGUGGAUAAUAAAGCUUUAGUAUUACUCUUGCAUGGGGCUUGUCUAAGGCACAUGGGAAGCCCCCUGCAAGCUCUCAAUUCCUUAGAAACCGUUAUUUCAAUGAAUAAAUUGUUAGUUGAAGACACUUACAUCAUUCCUUAUGCCAUAGUCGAGCUAGCUCUUAUAGAGUGGGACACCGGCAAUAGGGAGAAGGCUAUUUUAGCGUUGGAAGAUGCUAAGAAAAACUAUACUGGCUAUUCUUUGGAGUCUAGGUUACAUUUUAGGAUACACACGGCUUUGACUGAAUUCAAAGCCGAGAUAAAGCGUUGUUAG